AUGUUUUCCAGCGAGAAGGCACUACGGUUAGGAAGCGCUGCUGCCAUCGCCGUAGCACAAGGCGCCUCCGCUUUCUCCGACUGCGUCAAUGGUCCUCUUCGAGAUAACCUCGUCUGCAAUACCACUGCACACUUUGUGGACAGGGCGACUUCCCUUAUAGAAGAGUUUAACCUCACCGACCUAGUCAACAAUACAGUUAACGGUUCUCCGGGAGUCGAUCGGUUAGGUCUGCCACCGUAUCAGUGGUGGAACGAGGCACUGCAUGGUGUAGGGAGUAGUCCUGGCGUGAACUGGGGAAGUGGACCCGACGCUAACUUCACAUCCGCAACCUCUUUCCCAGCACCCAUCCUCCUCGGCGCCACCUUCAACGACUCACUCAUUGCGUCUAUCGCAGACGUCAUCUCUACCGAAGCCCGCGCCUUCAAUAACUUCAACUACGCCGGCCUCACCUUCUUCACUCCGAACAUCAAUCCAUUCAGAGAUCCUCGCUGGGGACGUGGUCAAGAAACGCCUGGAGAAGAUCCUUAUCACCUAUCGCGGUAUGUUUACCAAUACGUCGUCGGACUCCAGGGUGGCCUCUCUCCAGACCCCUACUACAAAGUCCUGGCAAACUGCAAGCACGUCCUCGCGUACGAUGUGGAGAACUGGGAAGGGAACGACAGGACCGGGUUUAACGCGGUCGUUACCACACAGGACCUUUCGGAGUUUUACACCCCUUCAUUCCAAGGCUGUCUCAGGGACGCACAAGGCGCGAGCGCUAUGUGCUCUUAUAACGCGGUGAACGGUGUUCCGUCCUGCGCAAGCUCCUAUAUUCUGAAAGAUUUGGUGCGGGACUUUUGGGGUUUAGGCGAGCGGGAAGGGUGGAUCACCGGUGAUUGUGGCGCGGUGCAAAAUAUCUACCAACCGCACGGGUACACCGAUACGUUGGUGAAUGCGACUGCAGUGGCCAUGGACGCUGGCACAGAUCUUGACUGUGGGGAUGUAUAUUCACCGAAUUUAUGGACUGCUGUGGUGGAGGGGUUGAUCACGGCUGGGCAGAUUCAAACAGCCCUUAUCCGUCUGUACGGUUCCCUCAUCAGACUUGGCUAUUUCGACCCUGCGGAGCAACAACCCUAUCGCUCCUUCGACUGGUCCAACGUCAAUACACCCUCCUCUCAGGACCUUGCCUACAACGCCGCUGUCCAGGGCAUCGUUCUUCUCGAAAACGACGGCCUCCUUCCUCUCUCUACCAAUGUGAAGAACAUCGCACUCAUUGGUCCUAUGGCCAACGCCACGCUUUCAUUGCAAGGCAACUACGCCGGAAUCGCUCCCUUCGUUAUUAGUCCCCAGCAGGCCUUCGAGACCGCAGGUUAUAACGUCACAUUCGCGUUCGGUACGGGUAUCUCGAAUAGCGACAACAGCGGGUAUUCGGAGGCACUAGAAGCUGCUCAGGGUGCCGAUGUGGUAGUGUUUGUGGGCGGGAUCGACAACUCGAUCGAGGCAGAGGGACAGGAUAGGACGAGCAUCGAGUGGCCUGGGAGUCAGCUCGAUUUGAUUGGCCAGUUGGGCGAGCUCGGAAAACCGUUGGUAGUCGUGAGGAUGGGUGGCGGUCAGUGCGAUGACUCCACACUCAAGGCUAAUGCAACUGUCAACGCCUUGCUAUGGGCCGGAUACCCAGGUCAAAGCGGUGGGACCGCUCUGGUCGAUAUAAUAUCCGGAAAACAAUCCCCCUCAGGGCGUCUGCCCGUAACACAAUACCCCUCUUCUUACGUUUCCGAGAUCGACAUGACCGACAUGGCUAUCCGCCCCAACUCGUCUGGUUCUCCAGGACGGACAUACAAAUGGUACACAGGCGCCCCAAUAUAUCCAUUCGGGUACGGCAUACAUUAUACCACAUUUCGCCUCGCUUGGUCCGACAGCUCUUCCACGACAUAUAACAUACAGGACAUCGUCUCUUCCGCCAAUAAGUCGGGCGGAUUUGCGGAUACUGAGAUUCUAGAUACGUUCUCACUCCUGGUCACCAACACCGGAAGCAACUACACAUCGGACUACGUAGCACUCCUCUUCGCCAACUCUACCUCUGGGCCUUCUCCUGCGCCCCUGCAGGAACUCGUUGGAUAUACGAGGGUGCCACAUAUCACGCCAGGCGGGACGGCCACAGCAGAGUUGAACGUCACGUUGGGCUCGAUAUCGCGUGUGGAUGAGAAUGGAAAUUGGAUCUUGUAUCCGGGGACCUAUAAUUUGUGGGUAGGGGUAGAUGCGACGGGAGAGGUGUUGAGGGGCAAGACGAUUCAGUUGACGGGGAGCCAGGAGACGAUUUUAGCUUUUCCGACACCA